CCGGGUUAAUCCCGGUGGCACCAAAGGAGCCGCUUUUGAGCCGCGUUGUGUAACCGGAGCGGCCACGGGGGGACCCGACCCGGACCCCCGGGACCCCCUGAGACCCCCAGAGACCCCCCGGGACCCACAGAACAGUGUCCCCGUAUCCCGCUGUCCCCGCGCUGUCCCCGCUGUCCCCGCCAUGGCGUUCGGGGCGGUGCUGGCGCAGGUGGGGGCCCUGGGCCGGUUCCAGGUGCUGCAGACGGUGCUUCUGUCCGUGCCCAUCCUGCUCAUGGCCAGCCACAACCUGCUGCAGAACUUCACGGCCGCCGUCCCCCCGCACUGCUGCCGCCUCCCCGGGGCCACCCCCGAUGGCGCCUCGGGGGACUCCGGCGCCUCGGGGUCACCCGAUGCCACCCUGGGGCUCCCCGAUGCCACCCCGAGGUCCCCCGGUGCCACCCCAGGGUCACCCGGUGGCCCCCGCAUCCGGCCCGGUGACCCCUCCAACGACACCCUGGGGCCGGCGGGGGCCACGCCGGGGUGGCCCAACGUCACCCUGGGGUGGCCCGAGUCCACCCUGGGGUCCUGCCGGCGCUACGUGGCCGCGCCCCCCGCCAACGGCACUGGUGGCUCCCGGGCCACCGAGCCCUGUCUCGAUGGGUGGGAGUACGACCGCAGCGUCUACGUGGCCACCAUUGUCACCGAGUGGGACCUGGUGUGUGGCUACCGGCAGCUGCGGCAGAUGGCCCAGUCCAUCUACAUGGCCGGGGUCCUGCUGGGUGCCCUGGUCCUGGGGGGCCUCUCGGACAGGUUUGGGCGCAAGGCCAUGUUGAUGUGGUCCUACCUGCAGCUGGGGGUGAUGGGGACGUGCACGGCCUUCGCCCCCAACUACGCGUCCUACUGCGUGUUCCGCUUCGCCGGCGGGAUGGCCCUGUCCGGCUUCGGCCUCAGCAUCGCCUGCCUCGUGGUAGAGUGGAUCCCCACGCCCUACCGCGCCAUCACCGUGGCCAUCACCGGCUUCGCCUACACCCUGGGCCAGAUCAUCCUGGCCGGGGUGGCCUACGCCGUCCCCCACUGGCGCUGGCUCCAGCUCGCCGUGUCCCUGCCCUUCUUCGUCUUCCUCCUCUACUCCUGGUGGCUGGCGGAGUCGGCGCGGUGGCUCGUGCUCUCGGGCAGGGCCGAGCGGGCCGUGAAGGUCCUGCGGCGCGUGGCCGCCGUCAACGGCCGGAAGGAGGAGGGCGAGAAGAUCACGGUGGAGAUCCUGAGGUCCAACAUGAAGGAGGAGCUGGCGGCCCUCAAGUCCUCCUACACCGUCUCCGACCUGGUCCGGACGCCCAUCAUCCGGCACAUCUUCUUCUGCCUCUCCAUCGUCUGGUUCUCCAUCAGCUUCUCCUACUACGGGCUGGCCAUGGACCUGCAGAACUUCGGCGUCAGCAUUUACCUCAUCCAGGUGAUUUUCGGCGCCGUCGACUUCCCGGCCAAGGUGGUGGUGACCGUGGCCCUGAGCUACGUGGGCCGGCGGCUCUCGCUGGUGGUGGCCCUUUU